AUGGAAAAACAGCCGGAGGACGAAGCCAAGGUAGGGGAGCACUGGUUCUGUAAGUGGGGGCGUCAGUGCGAGGACGAAGCCGAGGACAUCGAAGACGUUGAGCAGCUGUCUCCCGAGCUGCAGGACGGCAAGGACGACAAAGACGACAAGGGGGAUGAGGAGACGGUGGGGCUCAAGAGCGAGCAGCAAAAACUGUGGCACCUCUUCCAGAUCUCCGCCACAUCCGUGGCCCAGCUCUACAAGGGUUCGGAGUGCCCGCAGUCAGAACUUUCCAUGUGGGACCGCUUCCAGAGUGCAGCCAUGGCUUUGACGAGCCUCUACAAAGAGAGCAGGGAUGCCCAGCAACGAAGUUUCAACCUGGGCGUCAAGGUUGGCUACCAGCGCCGCAUCAAAGAUGUGCUGGAUUGGGCGAAGAAGGGCCAAAACUCUAUUCUCCGCGAAGACUUGAUUAGUUUCCUCUGUGGCAAAGUGCCCCCUGAUCCUCCUCCAGUGGCCCCCCAUCUUCCACCACCGUCUCUGGACUUUGACUUACAGCCCUUCCAAGAGGCCAUCGACCUGCACGACCUCAGUGGCGCCAUGUCUAGCAUCAGCGUGCAGUCUGGUCCACCCAGCUCCCCGCCUCAAGCUGGUGGCUUUUCGAGCAAUGUCACUAGCGAUGAUCUCCAAAACAGUAGCACCCUCAAGGACGACUUGAGCUCCUGCAAUUCAGAAGAUCUGGCCCGCCACCUGGCCAGUGGGGGGAACCGUAAACGCACCUCGGCCGAGUGCAGUGAUGUCAUCACAAAUACCCCAACCCACAAGCGCAACCGAAUGGUCUAA